GGCCACACAACUACGAGUUCUCCUUGUCGCCACCUGGUCGUAACUUGGUCGGGUAGAGCGGAGGUGGGCGGAGAGAGAACUUGAGGUGGAGACCUUUGCGCAUGCCCGGACACUGCUUUCCUCGCGAGGAAUCUGGGGCCUCUGCAGAGGCAGGACCAGGAUGUGACGUAAUAACCGCGCGCGGCGCCCGGAGCUCGGCGUUCCCGCAAGGUCGCUUUGCAGAGCGGGAGCGCGCUGAAGUAACUAGUCCGUAGUUCGAGGGUGCGCUGUGUCCUUUUGUGUUGGUACCAGCGGCGACAUGACGGGGUACACUCCGGAUGAGAAACUGCGGCUGCAGCAGCUGCGAGAGCUGAGAAGGCGAUGGCUGAAGGACCAGGAGCUGAGCCCUCGGGAGCCGGUGCUGCCCCCACAGAGGAUGGGGCCUAUGGAGAAAUUCUGGAAUAAAUUUUUGGAGAAUAAAUCCCCUUGGAGGAAAAUGGUCCAUGGGGUAUACCAAAAGAGUAUCUUUGUUUUCACUCAUAUACUUGUACCUGCCUGGAUUAUUCAUUAUUACAUGAAGUAUCAUGUGUCUGAAAAACCAUAUGGCAUAGUUGAAAGGAAGCCCAGAAUAUUCCCUGGUGAUAUAAUUCUGGAGACUGGAGAAGUAAUUCCACCAAUGAAAGAAUUUCCUGAUCAACAUCAUUAAAGAUUAUGUAAAAACUUAAAAGGCUUAUGAGCCUAAGUUUGUUCUAUAUUACCAUAUUUACUGAAUUUUCUGGAAAAGUAACUUUAAUAAAGUUUAAUCUCAGAAAUUGUCAUAUUUGUUUUCAAGCAUUGUACAAUUUGAGACUGAGUAAUUUAACAAUAAGUAAAAAGUGGACAUGCCAAACAAAUAUGAGAAACCACCUACUUUUUCUGGUCAUUCUUGACUUGGAAAACAGGAUAUGGAAAAGUAUUUAGUUAUAUGUUAGUCUUUUUUUUUCUUACACAGUAUUUACUCUAAUUUGGUAUCAGGGUAUGCAACAGUGAAAUAUCACAAUAAACAAAUAUAAGAA